AACCUGAAAUAUGCAUCAGUGAGCAACUCAGCGACAAGUGGUGAAUCCUGAACGCAAAUCACCAUGACAGUUCAUGCAAAUGCAGAGUGCACCAGCCCGGCGCUGCCAGAAUUUCCCUUGGGUUUGGGGUCCUCCGACGGUGUGCAAAUGGGCUCACGCCGGCCGCACGCGUUCCCGCGGAGGCGCCACGCCCCGCGCGCUCCUCCCGCGCACGCCCAUUAAUCCCUCACGCACCUGGCCGGUGCACCAUCAACUCCCCCUCCCGCUGCUGCCCUUACUGCUACAUACGCCUACGCGCCGUCCGCCGAGGCCGAGCCGCUCCCCCGCUCCACGCGCCCGCGAUUCUUGCACUGCCCUCUUGCUCUCCGGCUCAAGCAUUGCAACAAAUUUGCAAUGGCGGCGUCGCGCGUGCUCCUCUUGAUGUUGGCGCUCGCCGCGGGCUGCGACUCCGGCUCCACCCCUGCCCCGAGCCCCGACGCCGCCGCGCUGCUCGCGUUCAAGUCGGUGUGCUCGGACCGCGCCGCGGCGCUCGCCUCCUGGGCGGAGUCCUCCGACCCCUGCGCCGGCAAGUGGCGCGGCGUCACGUGCCAGCGGCCGUCGCCGAUGCCGUCGCCAUCCUCCUCCACGCUCCGCGUUCGCCGCGUCGUCCUCGAGGGCCUGCAGCUCGGCGGGCACGCCGCGGCGCUGGAGCUGCUCGCGGACCUCCCCGUGCUCUCGUCCCUCAGCCUCAAGAACAACACCUUCACGGGCGCGCUCCACGGCGUCGACUUCUCCCGCCUGGCGCCGCACCUCAAGCUCCUCUACCUCUCCGGUAACGGCUUCUCGGGUCGGUUCCCCGACUCCGUCCUGCGUCUUCGCCACCUGCGCCGCCUCGAUCUCUCGGGCAACCGGCUCGCGGGAACGAUCCCGCCGGAGAUCGGCGGCCGCCUCCGUGCUCUCCUGACGCUGAACCUCGCGCACAAUUCGUUCGUCGGCCCCGUGCCAGUCUCGCUGGAAGAAAUGGCCAUGCUCGCCGAGCUCAACGUCUCCGGCAACCACCUCGAGGGGCGGAUCCCCGGCCGCCUCGCCGCUGCCUUCCCUUCGUCGUCGUUCGCGGGCAAUCCCGGCCUCUGUGGCGCGCCGCUGGCGCAACGAUGCAGUGGACCACAGCAGAUCGUGUACAGCAACGGCAGCGGCGAGGCGUCGGACGAUGGAUCGAGGGCGGCGAGGGGGAAGAGCCAUGACCGGUGGAUGGUCGUGAUGAUCAUGUCAGCGGUGGGCGCGGCGGUCGCGUCGCUGGUCGCGGCGGCACUGUGCGCCGUGCUUCUGCUGAAGAACAGGAAACCGACUACGAGAAGGCCGCGACGCGCCGUCUCGGCGUCCGCCAACUCGGUGGUGGCACGGGAGGAGACGGUGCGCUUCGACGGGUGCUGCGUGGAGUUCGACGUGGCCACGCUCAUGCAGGGCGCCGCUGAGAUGCUCGGGAAAGGCGCCACGGCGACGACGUACCGCGUGGUCAUGAGAGGAAGCAACGACGCGAGCGACGACGGCGUCGACGAGGCCCAGGGCGAGGUGGUGGUGGUGAAGAGGAUGAGGAGGAGGGAGGGCGCGUCCCGCGAGGACGAGAGGCGGCGGAGGGAGCUGGCGAGGGAGAUGGGCACGUGGCGGCACGCCAACAUCGUCGGCCUGCGCGCGUUCUACGCGUCCGCCGAGGAGCUGCUCCUCGUCUUCGAUUACAUCCCCAACGGCAGCCUCCACAGCCUCCUGCACGAGAACCGAGGACCCGCAAGAGUUCCUCUGGACUGGCAGACCCGGCUGAAGCUGGCGCAGGACGCGGCGCACGGGCUGGCCUACCUCCACGGCGUGUCCGGCGGCAACCUCUCCCAUCGGCACCUCACCUCCUCGAACAUCCUCGUCGACGGCAGCGGCAACGCCCGCGUCUCCGACUUCGCGCUCCUCCAGCUGCUGGCUCCGGCGCCGGCGGGGGAGCUCCAGCAGAAGCAGGACGUGCACGGCUUCGGCGUCAUCCUGCUGGAGAUCCUGACGGGGCGGCGGCAGCCGUCGCCCGAGGACGGCGGCGGCGCCCAGGACCUGCCGCGGUGGGCUCGGGCGGUGGUGCGGGAGGAGUGGACGUCGGAGGUGUUCGACGUGGAGCUGCUGCGGGGCAAGGGCGCCGAGGACGAGAUGGUGGCGCUCCUGCAGGUGGCGCUGCUCUGCGUCGCGGAGGAGCCCAGGGAGCGGCCGAGGAUGGCGGUGGUGGCCAAGAUGAUCGAGGACAUCAGGGACAGGGGGAGCAAGCGGAGCAACAAGUACUCGGCGUCCCCGUCGCAGGCGGGGCACUCGUACGAGUCGUCUCCCUGCGUGUCCGAGGACACCACAAGGUCCACCCCUGCGUCAAGCUCCUGACUCAUCAGUCGCCUGUGGUGUUGGUGUAGUAGCGUAGCAGUAGCAUCGUUGCCCUCGAACUCGACAAGGAUGACGCGAGGGGAAAAAAAAGGAACAUUGUAAAAUCAGAGUAGCGACGAACAACCUGAAAGGCAGUUUGCACCAAACAGGUGGUGUACUGCUACUGUCGAAUUUAAGAUUUUAGACCUCCCAUUAGCUGAUGAAGUCUGCUACGUUGACAUGGCA